CGCCUUUAUAAAUGAUACAUAUUGGAUAAUUAUCGCGUGGGAUACAUACGUCUCUGUAGCAUUUGAUGUUGUAUACUCAUACCGAAUACAUGUUUUUAUCAUGUUAUUAUUGUUGUAUUCGUAUAUAGUUGGAAGCUUCGCGGCUGAGUUUACUUUGCCCGGGAAAUGUCCAGAUGUUAAGUUGCAAGAUAACUUAGAUUACACUAAGUUUUCAGGGCUGUGGUACAACGUUGCAAGCUACGCGAGCGAUGGUAGAAGUACCUACGACUGUGCUGUACUGGAAUUUCAAGAGGAUAAUUUGGGGUAUACCUUGAAGGAGACCUAUGUAACUAGUGACCUGUCAAAUAGAACACAAAAAUCUUACUUAGCCAGAGUGGACCCUACAUUUGACGCGGGCAAAAAAGCUCAGUUCAUUAUUAGUCAUGAAAAUGAAGAUCAAGUUCUCCAGUUCCCAUUCUUCAUAUUAUCGACAGAUUAUGACAGUUACGCUAUUGCUUACACGUGCAAGACCUUAAAGAAGAAACAACGGACGCAUUAUGUAUUCACAUGGAUAUUGUCAAGAAACAAGGAAACAUUACAUGGCGAUACACUGAAGAAGGUCGAGAACGCUCUAUCUAAAUACUCGGAACUGGCCGAGCACCGGCAGUCGUUCGUAAUGAAGGACUUCUCGGAGACCAGCUGCGCUUACACUGACCAAUACAAGAGUGAUUUCUUCACUAGUAAUUUUUGGUGAAUAAUAAAGUUUGUUUGAGCAAAUAA